CUUCAGCAUGCAAACCUUCGUCUGUCCGGCUUGCGCCCUCUUUUUCUUUACACACUGCUGGUCUUCAGAUGGCUGCUCCAAUGCCCCAUACGCACCAGCAGUACAGUGAGCGCCACCAGCCAAGCACUGACCAAUCUGUUACGGUCUUACCGUACAGCGACCAGACGACACAGCUCACUGCCAAUCAGAGGCACAUGCCCCAGUGCUUUCGUGACCCAACUUCAGCUCCCCUGAGGAAGCUCUCCAUUGACCUUAUCAAGACAUACAAACACAUCAAUGAGGUGUAUUAUGCAAAAAAGAAGCGGCGGCACCAACAGGGUCAGGGCGAGGACUCCAGUCACAAAAAAGAAAGGAAGGUCUUCAACGAUGGCUAUGACGAUGAUAACUACGACUACAUCGUCAAGAAUGGGGAGAAGUGGAUGGACCGAUAUGAGAUUGAUUCCUUGAUAGGAAAAGGAUCAUUUGGACAGGUUGUGAAAGCAUACGACCGAGCAGAGCAGGAAUGGGUUGCUAUUAAGAUCAUCAAGAACAAGAAAGCUUUCCUCAAUCAAGCCCAGAUUGAAGUGCGCCUCCUAGAGCUUAUGAACAAACAUGACACAGAGAUGAAAUACUACAUUGUUCACCUGAAGCGUCACUUCAUGUUUCGGAACCACCUCUGCCUCGUGUUUGAGAUGCUUUCAUACAACCUGUACGACCUGCUCCGAAAUACCAACUUCCGCGGAGUCUCGCUCAACCUCACCAGGAAGUUCGCCCAGCAGCUAUGCACGGCGCUGCUCUUCCUGGCCACGCCUGAGCUCAGCAUCAUCCACUGUGACUUGAAGCCUGAGAACAUCCUCCUUUGCAACCCCAAGAGGAGCGCCAUCAAAAUAGUGGAUUUUGGAAGCUCUUGUCAGCUAGGGCAAAGGAUAUACCAGUAUAUCCAGAGUCGCUUUUACCGCUCCCCAGAGGUGCUUCUAGGAAUGCCGUAUGACCUGGCCAUUGACAUGUGGUCCUUGGGUUGCAUCUUGGUAGAGAUGCAUACAGGAGAGCCUCUCUUCAGCGGAGCCAAUGAGGUGGACCAGAUGAACAAAAUUGUGGAGGUUCUUGGCAUCCCACCUAAUCACAUAAUGGACCUAGCCCCAAAAGCCAGGAAGUUCUUUGAGAAGCUUUCAGAUGGUACAUGGAGUGUUAAAAAGACCAAAGAUGGCAAAAGGUAUAAACCUCCAGCUUCGCGGAAGCUUCAUUCCAUCCUGGGCGUGGAGACCGGGGGUCCUGGCGGCAGGCGGGCAGGCGAAUCUGGCCAUGCCGUUGCAGACUACUUGAAGUUCAAGGACCUGAUCCUGCGAAUGCUGGACUAUGACCCGAAGAGUCGCAUUCAGCCCUACUAUGCUCUGCAGCACAGCUUUUUCAAGAAAACAGCGGAUGAGGGGACCAAUACGAGCAGCAGUGUGUCCACCAGCCCUGCCCUGGAGCAGUCCCAGUCUUCAGGAACCACCUCCAGCACCUCCUCCAGUUCAGGAGGCUCAUCUGGAACAAGCACCAGUGGCAGAGCGAGAUCGGACCCUACCCAUCACCACUUACACAGUGGAGGACAUUUUGGCACUGCCAUGCCAGCCAUCGAUGGAGACAGCCUCUGCCCACAGGCUCGCCAGCCUUACCCGCCUCCGCUGGUGUGGGGCGGUGGCGUGGUCCCGGAGUCGGUCACGGGCGAAACGCACCCGGUUCAGGAGACCACCUUUCACGUCCCUCCCCAGCACCCGAAGGCCCUGCACCCCCACUCCCAUGGCCAUCACCACCACGGUCCCAUGAUGGCCACGCGGCCGCGCCCGCGACACUACGCCUCCCCGACGCACAGCUCGUCGACCCAGGACUCCAUGGAGGUGGUCCACGGCCAUCUGUCUAUGACCUCCCUGUCUUCCUCAGCCUCCUCUUCAUCGACGUCGUCCUCUUCCACCGGGAACCACGGCAACCAGGCCUACCAGCUCCGCCAUUUGCCCGCCGGAGCGCUCGACUUUGGGCAGAACGGUGGGCUAAGCAUGGGGCUAGGUGCCUUCUCGAACCCACGGCAGGAGACCGGCAUGGCGGCGCACCCUGCUUUCUCAAUGGGCACGAACACAGGGCCCGGCCACUACUUAGCCGAGGGCCACCUGAGCAUGAGGCAGGGCAUGGACCGGGAGGAGUCUCCAAUGACUGGAGUAUGUGUGCAGCAGAGUUCCAUGGCCAGCUCGUGA